AUGACUAUUCAUUUCGGGAAGGUGAUUCAGCUUUUUGAUAGCUUGAUUAAUGAAAGGUUGCAGAGAAGGAAGUCCCUUAAUAGUGGAAACACCGACGUGUUGGAUGUUCUUCUUGAUACCAGCCAAGAAAAUCCAGAAGAAAUCGAUAGGGUUCAUAUCGAACGCUUGUGCUUGGACUUAUUUGUUGCGGGAACUGAUACAACCUCGAGCACAUUGGAAUGGGCAAUGGCAGAAACACUUAAAAAACCAGAAACCAUCAAGAAAGCCAAAGCCGAGCUCGAAGAAGUGAUCGGAAAAGGAAAAGUUUUAGAAGAAGCCGAUGUUUCCCGGCUUCCAUACCUCCGAUGCAUGGUGAAAGAGGCCUUAAGGAUGCACCCGCCAGUGCCAUUCUUGAUCCCACGCAGAGUCGAAGAAGACGUGGAGUCUCCGGCUACACUGUCUCGAAGAACUCGCAAGUGUUGGGGAAGAGAUUUUGAACUGAUUCCAUUUGGUGCUGGAAGAAGAAUUUGCCCUGGAUUGCCUUUGGCGAUUAGAAUGGUUCCUGUAAUGUUGGGUUCACUUUCGAAUUCAUUUGAUUGGAAGCUUGAAGGGGGAAUUGCACCGAAGGGAUUGAAUAUGGAAGAGAAGUUUGGAAUAACAUUCCAGAAAGCUAAUCCUCUCAGAGCUGUUCCCACUCCGUUGUAA